AAAGAAAUGUUAAAAAAUGUCUCUUUAAGAACAUUCACGAAAAAAUCAAACAAAAACCAGCGAAAUUCACUGGAUUUAAAAAAAAAAAAAAAAAAAACUUUUAAGGGAAACUUUUAAGGAAUUAUUGGAAAUUUCUUCCUGAAGGUUUUGAACAUUUUCAGAUAUUUGGGGAAUUUUUUUGCUUCAUUUUUGGAUUUUUUCAGACCAGGGAACAGUAUUUUUUGGUGCCCGUAAAUGAAGACAACAGGAGGGUUAAACAUGUCGUCCUUUAACCGACCUUCCUCCCGUUCUUCCUCCUCCCAGACGUGGCUGAAGAACUACGGUUACCUGCUUCCUCACGACGUGCGGACGUCCGACCUGCGGCAGGAGAAAGCCAUGCAGUCGGCCGUGGCAGCGAUGCAGCGCUUCUACGGCAUCCCAGUGACCGGAGUCCUGGACCAGACCACCAUCGAGUGGAUGCGGAGGCCUCGCUGUGGCGUUCCUGAUCAUCCUCACACCAGCCGGAGACAGAGGAACAAACGAUACGCUCUGACCGGACAGAGGUGGAGGGACAAGAAGAUCUCCUACAGCAUAUCGAACUUCACCCCUAAAGUUGGUGAGAAAGACACUCAGAGGGCGAUUCGACAAGCCUUCAACGUCUGGCAGACAGUCACUCCGCUCUCCUUCCAGGAGGUUCCGUACUCGGAGAUCAAGAACGAGGGCAAAGAGGCCGACAUCAUGAUCUUCUUCGCCUCCGGUUUCCACGGCGACAGCUCCCCGUUUGACGGCGAGGGCGGCUUCCUGGCCCAUGCCUACUUCCCCGGCGCCGGCAUCGGAGGCGACACGCACUUCGACUCGGACGAGCCGUGGACGCUCGGCAACGCCAACCACGACGGUAACGACCUGUUCCUGGUGGCCGUCCAUGAGCUGGGCCACGCUCUGGGUCUGGAACACUCCAACGACCCCAGCGCCAUCAUGGCUCCCUUCUACCAGUACAUGGACACGCACAACUUCAAGCUGCCGCUGGACGACCUGCAGGGCAUCCAGAAGAUCUACGGUAUCCCCACGGCCAUGCUGGAGCCCACCAGACCGCUGCCCACCCUCCCCUCCAGACGAACACACUCCACCUCCGAGAGGAAACACGACCGACACUCCCGUCCGGCUCGGCCGCCCGGCGACCGGCCGGCGCUGCCCGGCAACGGAAAACCCAACAUCUGCGACGGCAACUUCAACACGGUGGCCUUCUUCAGGAGGGAGAUGUUCGUCUUCAAGGAUCGCUGGUUCUGGCGUCUGAGGAACAACAAGGUCCAGGAGGGUUAUCCGAUGCAGAUCGACCAGUUCUGGAAAGGCCUUCCGCCUCGAAUCGACGCCGCCUACGAGAGAUCUGACGGCAAAUUCGUCUUCUUCAAAGGUGAUAAGUACUGGGUGUUUAAGGAGGUCACUGCUGAGCCCGGCUACCCUCACA